AUGGAGCCUUUGUUGAAUUUCUCGCUGCCUGCUGAUGGCGACCCUCUGUCCUUGGAGAGCGAAGAAAGGAGCAGCAGCAGCAGCAGCUGUUUAGUGCUGCAGCAGCAGCAGCUGCGGCUGUUGAGGCCCUCAGAGAAGACAGACUCCCUCGCAGAUGGGGUCUUCGCUCUGUCUUUAGAGACGCUGCAGCAGCUGCUGCAGCAGCAGCCGCAGCAGCAGCAGCAGCAGCAGCAGCAGAUGCAUGCAGCAACGCAUGCACUUGAAUUUCUAACACAAACAAAAUUCGAUGCCUUCUUCGCUCUUCUCAAGUGCUGGCGUGGAGAGGCAGAGAGCCCCAGGUCUCCGCUGCUGCAGCAGCAACUUGCUGCUCUGCUGCAGCAGCUAGCAGCAGCAGUUUGUGUUGCUGCUGAGGCGCUCCCUACAGCAGCAAAACCUCAGGGUAGACUGGAGCUGCUGCUGCUGCUGCAGCGGCGCGUGCUGCAGCAGCAGCAGCAGCACGAGGACGACGACGACGACGACGACCAGCAGCACCAACAGCAACAGCAGCAGCAGCAGCAGCAGCAGCAGCAAUCAGAGGAGACAGGCAGCAAUGCAGUUGAAGCACUGAGAGCUUCAUUAAGCAUUGCUGCUCCUCUUCGUUCUCUCGUUUCUCUGUCUUUGUUUGCCGUCUCUUGGGUCGCCAGCGACGUCAUUAAACAACUCCAGCAACAUGAACACGAGACACAGGAGAGCGGCCUUGCGCAGAAGAAGAGGGGUAGGAAAGGUAAUGCUGCCUGCAAGAGCAGCAGCAGCAGCAGCAGCAGCAGCAACAAAGGAGACAGCGAGGUUGCUGCUGCUAACGAUGUAACUCAUUUGCUGGAGCUGCUGCAGCAGCUGAUGGAAGCAGCUAAGCGCCUCACGCAGUGCGAAGCGGCGUGGAAGCUGUUCUCUGCUUCUAUGGGGGGGGAGCUGCAGCAGCUGCAGCAGCAGCAGCAGCUGCUGCUGAAUCUAUUUCUAUUGGGUAUCUCUGUAGAUCGAGACCGAAGCAGCAGCAACAGCAGCAGCAACAGCAGCAGCAGCAGCAGGAGACAUUACCUGCCAGCAGCAGCAGCAGCACCUGUUGUUGCUGCUGCUAGCGACGGCCUUAAGAGUUUGCUGCUGCUGCUAGAAGACCAGCUGAGGCAUUUGCUGCUGCAGCGGCGCGCUGCAGCAGCAAAGCAGCAGCAGCAGGAAGCAGCAGCAACUGAUUCAGAACAACCCGAAGAAGAGACAGCUGAGGAAGGAGGCGCUGCUGCUGCUGCAGCAGCAGCAGCGCCAAGGGAUAUACAAGAUGCAGAGACACCUCAGCAGCAGCAGCAGCAGCAGCAGCAGCAAGGGGAGUUUACGAGCAAUGAAAUAGAAGCCUUAGCUGCUGAUGCUGCAGCAGAAGAGACACUGCUUUGGCUGUCUCCGCUGAGGGCUGUGCUGCUGCAGCCUGAAUUCGAAGCCCUUGUUAUUGCCGUUGCCUCGCUC